UAUUGUUAAUGAGCUACGCGGAUAGUCGUUUGCUGAAAAUCGCAUAAUGUGGACGUUUCAAAGCUAAAAAACGGAACCAGUCGAGAAUAAAUAAAAUUUUAUGUAAAACAGUGCAAACGCAUUCAUAUCCGGUAGCACGUCUACUUUUAGUCGAAAUGGCUGCACCCGCGGAGUUGCAGCGACUUGUGAAGUUGCACUUGGGCGAAUUGCAAGAUGAAACGACUAAUUGGACAAUUGCCGAAUCGCCUGUUGCGGGACGCGGUGUUUUCGCGAGCCGUGACAUAGCCGCCGGGGAAGUACUAUUUCGGGAACGCGCUCUAGUUAUUGGCCCUACGGCAAGAAAGGGUUCCAUACUUAAUACUUGUAUUUGUUGUCAUAAAUUGUUGGCCGUAAAGGAGUUUUUGUGCAAAAAUAAGUGUACUCUGCCUGUUUGUGAUAGUUGCGCGGAUUCGGAUGCACAUCGCAAUGAAUGUGAAUUAUUCAAUCGCUGGCAGCCAAAAGAAUAUACAGCCGAAGAGGGCAGCAUUUGCAAUCCCAUGUCCUUGCGUAUUUUAACGGCAAUACGAGUGUUUUAUCUAAACAGCGAGCAGCGCGCCUUGAUUAAUGCUAUGCAAGCGAACCCUGAUCGUGGGUAUAGACAGGAAAUAAUUAAGGCUGCGCAAUCGUUCCGUAAAUUUCCGACAACGGACAAAAAAUUUAUGGAUAAUUUAUUUCGUGUUGUGGGUGUUUUAAAUACAAAUUCGUUUGAAGCACCAUGUAGGGUAGGACCGCAUGAAAUUUUAGUACGUGGCUUAUUUCCGUUAACUGCAGUUAUGAACCAUGAGUGCACCCCAAAUGCGAGCCAUUAUUUUGACAAUGGACAAGUGGCAACGGUGAGAGCGGCACGUUUCAUACCCAAGGGAACUGAAAUCACCACGACAUAUACAAAAAUCCUAUGGAGUAAUUUGACUCGUAAUAUUUUUCUAAGAAUGACAAAACAUUUUGAAUGCAACUGUUAUCGCUGCAAUGAUAACACCGUAAGUGAGAAAAUAAUAGCAAAAUAUUCACUAUAA